UUUUGAAGGUUAAAAUCGUAAUUUAGUCUCAGUUCUUCUUCUUCUCCACAGCUCCUGCGAACGCAAAAUUCAGACGCUGUACUGAAAAACCUUCAAAACUAAACUAGAGAAAAAUGCAAGUCUUCUCUUCUUCUCCUUCAACCGCAAGCUUCAAUCUCUUCUCUUCCUCUCAGAAUUCGACCAAUCUGCCGAAGUACAGAUGCAAAAUCUCCAUUAUACCCCUACAUUCCGCCCCAAAUUCCCUCUCCGUUCCGCCGUGCUGUUCUUCGAGGGACUCUUCGACGGCGGUUCUCGUCGUCGAUCGAUCUUCGGAGGGCGACAAAAGAGAGGCGUCCGAGGAGGUAAUUAGGAUUCGGCGGCCGGUUAUGGAGUUUCCUGGCGAAGAUUCCGGCGACGGCGAGGAUGAGGAAACGGAAGUUGAGAGUAGAUCUUCGAUGAUAGAUGUAAGGCUAACGGAGAUCGCGAAGAAGAUGCCGAUCUUUGAACCGGAGAAUAGAGUGGAUUCGAGUGCCCUAGAAAGGCCGCUGAUUAUCAAUUUGGAUUUGGCGUUGUACAGAGCGAAGAUGUUGGCAAGGAAUUUUCAAUAUGAUGAAGCACAACAAGUCCUUCAGAAGUGUAUAAGUAAAUGGCCGGAGGAUGGGCGGGCUUAUGUAGCGUUGGGGAAGAUGUUGGGGAAGCGAAUGAAAGCAGCUGAAGCAAAAGCUGUGUAUGAGAGAGGCUGCCAAGCCACGCAAGGAGAGAACUCCUACAUUUGGCAGUGCUGGGCUGUUCUGGAGAGCAGGAUGGGGAACAUUAGGAAGGCGAGAGAACUGUUCGAUGCAGCCACAGUAGCGAACAAGAAACACAUUGCAGCAUGGCAUGGCUGGGCUGUGUUAGAGCUAAAGCAAGGGAACAUCAAGAAGGCCAGGAAUUUACUCGCCAAAGGCCUCAAAUACUGUGGUGGAAAUGAGUAUAUUUACCAGACACUUGCACUGCUUGAAGCCAAAUCGAAACGGUACGAGCAGGCUCGUUAUUUGUUUAAGCAGGCUACCAAGUGCAACCCCAAGAGCUGUGCUAGUUGGCUUGCUUGGGCACAACUGGAGAUGCAGCUGGAGAACAGCCUUCUUGCUAGAGAACGAUUUGAGAAAGCCAUCCAGGCCAGCCCCAAGAACAGAUUUGCAUGGCAUAUAUGGGGACUCUUUGAAGCUAAUAUGGGAAAUAUCGAAAAGGGAAGGAAACUUUUAAAGAUAGGCCAUGUCCUCAAUCCAAGAGACCCUGUUCUUCUUCAGUCUCUUGGUUUAUUGGAGUAUAAGAACUCCUCUGCAAGCCUUGCUCGAGUUUUGUUUAGGCGAGCAUCUGAACUGGAUCCAAAGCAUCAGCCUGUGUGGAUUGCAUGGGGAUGGAUGGAAUGGAAAGAAGGAAACAUAGUGAAAGCAAGGGAGCUAUAUCAAAGAGCAUUGUUAAUCGACUCAGCUAGUGAGAGUGCAGCUAGAUGUCUUCAGGCUUGGGGUGUUCUGGAACAGAGAGUAGGCAAUUUAUCAGCCGCAAGAAGAUUAUAUAGAUCCUCUCUAAACAUAAAUUCUCAGAGUUAUGUUACAUGGAUGACAUGGGCAGCAUUGGAAGAGGAUCAAGGGAAUGCAAUCCGAGCCGAGGAAAUUCGAAAUCUCUAUUUCCAGCAGCGAACUGAAGUUGUGGAUGAUGCUUCAUGGGUUAUGGGAUUUUUAGACGUUAUUGACCCAGCACUGGACAGCAUAAAGAGACUGUUGAAGCUCGAACAAGAUCCAUUCACCACAUCUAGAACAGCGGAUGGAGGCCCUCGAAAUGCCUCCGUAGACGACUCAGCUGCCUCCUCUUCUGGUAACAAUGUGGUUGAAAGUGAAACUGGGUUUGAUUUGGAUGCCUUUAUUAUGAAAAAGUUGUCUAUAGACACAUCAAAACUCGAAAUUCAGCUCGAAACAUCACGGCCCAAAAGGUUCAAAUAUCAAAGGAGGCAAUUGAAAUCAGAAAACAGACAAGAAAUGACUGUUUCACAAAGCCAAAGAGCAGAACCAUCAUCUGGAUAAUUGCUACAUUGUGAAGGCAAUACAAACCAGUUUUAAUCAACUAUCUGGUAAGAAUUUCUUCAAAAAUAUGACCAGAAGAAGUUCCAACAAGUUUGUGCCAAGUGAACCAAAUCUACUUGAUCUUAUAGUUCAUUCCAGAGAAAAAAGCUUCUAAAUGGAAGGAAUGUUUUGUAAGUCUUAGCUUCCCUCACUGUAGGGUUAUUCAGAAAGUUGUUUAUAAAUAUAGCUACAAGGAUGAAGGAAGAAAACACUUCUUUCAUUGUCAUUGUGCCUCAAGGUCUACAUGUCUGAAAGAGGCCAUAAUGUAAAUAACUUUGUAAGUUCAUUAUUCUUGAUAUUCUCUGAGACUGAUUUCUCUCUCUCAAGUAUUUACCUAGGAAAAUUGAAAACAUGUUGCUGUAUUAAAUCAGAAAGAUCAUAAUUACAAACCAUGUUGCUA